GCUGCUGAUGCUGCUACUGUACUUGUCCGUCGAAUACGAAUGGCGCCACCGCCCUCAACGCCACGCGAGCCAGCUGAGUGGUCACCGGGAAGCGGUGCUUGAAGGCGCCACCCCCACACACAGCCGCCUCAGUGGUCUCGACACGCACAUCCACUGCACACAAGGGGAAGAAGACCACGCGACAUUGACGAGCAGAGCUCCCUCUCUGUCUCCCUUACCGUCGUUGUUUCCUGCUCCGCUGAUGGAAAUCGAUGCGACGAAGGGGUGGCUGCUGUUGGUGAGCACCAGCCACCACUCAUCACCGUCCAGCCCCAUUGUGGUCGUGCAUCCGGCCAUCGGUGUGUGAGGCGACUCGGUCAGCAGGCCAUUUAGACGGCCGCCACCAACAUACCUGAACCAACCACAGCCAUACACAGUCAACGGCGCACCUGGUAUCUUUAGUGCCAUUGAUGUCUUGUCACCUGUUGAGUCUUAUCGAUGUGCGGUUGGUCUGGUGAGUCUCGCUGAAGUGGUCGAAGAUCAUGAACUUGGCAGACGACGACAGUGACGCAUCGGUGAACAGGCCACCGUCCGACACCCAUCCGCCGCCGUCCUCGGUCGAGUAGAUGAUGCCGCUGUUGGUCGCCGGUGGGUCGUAUGGCUGUCGGUGCUGCCGAUACAGGUGGCCGGCAGGGAGGGCCGGGUCGACCUCCAGCUCGAAGCCGGGCUGGUCCUUGAUGGCCCGCAUUCCACCGUUGCCGUGUUGGAACAGCUGCAGGCAGCUGCCGUCACUGAACUGGAAGUGGCGGCCGACCAUCCUGAGCUGCGCCAACACACGGGGAGCCGAGACAUACGCCUACACACACGACCACACACACACAGAGAAUGAGGCCCUCUCCCUCCCCUCCCCGCCCCUCUGUUUGCUGGCUCACCGUUAUGUUUGCGUGUGUGUUGAUGUCAGCCCCACUCAGGGUCACAGGCAGGUCAAAGUUGCCGCACUGCCCCGCCAGCUCAAUCACCUCGGCCAUCUCGCCCCAGGCCCCCUCCUCCACCACACACACAGCCGCCAGCACAUCAUGUGUGCCGAACUUGUCGUCGUCGAACCGCAGCAGCUGCACUUGCUGCCCAUUCACCGCCCGCCGCAGCCCCGCCUGUGAGUCCAGCGAGUGGCGGAGCCGAUCUCUUAGCUGGGCCGCUCCGAAGAGCUCUCUGAGCCAGGUGCAGGUGGCCCUCAGCCGCAGGAUGUCCUUGAUGCUGCUGAAGAGGUAGAAGGUGCGGCAGCCGACGAAGAUAUACGAGAAGGGGUGCUGCCGCUGCGGUGGCUGCAUCUGGGUAGCUACGAUGUGCUCGACGAGAGGCUGCACAGAGGGACAGAGCCGACAGGGGAUCGUGUGCAUCAAGCAUGCUGCUCAUUGAUCUGUGUGCUCACCUCGUUCGAUGCUCAGAUGGACAGAUCAGCAGGCAGAGAACGGAAAAAAGCACCACCACCACCACCACCACCUCCAGCACCACUGGCAGAUGAGGAGGCCGCCAUCACUCCUCAACGACAAGCCUGCAGCGAUGGGCCGACAAGUACAGAGAGAGAGAAAUGCCAACAGAAAAGGACGGCGAGCGCAUUGAGGCCAAUGGAUUAGUGAGCGCAUCAGUGAGUCCGUCAGUGAGUGGUCGGCCUCCCUCACCUCUGUUUGGCUGUCAGCUCAAUGGCCCGCUUCCACCGGGAGGAUGAUUCGAGUGAUUCCCUUCGGCCGCUUUCUCGGCCGAGUGCGUCACUCUCGCAACGCCCAGCUAUCCGACAAGGCACAAACGCCACAGCGCACCUCUCAC